AUGCAGAGAUCAUGGGCUCCCGAAACCAUCGACGCACACGGCAUCUGCUGGUCCCCAGACGGCCAGUGGCUCCUGGUGUGGGAAUCACCGGCGCAUGGCUGGCGCGUGCUCCUCUACACGGCCGAUGGCCAGCUGGUUCGGACAUUUCCCGGGUUCCACGAUCCCACAGACGAGGACGCCAAACUUCGUCCUGGCGUGCGGUCGUUGCGUUUGAGCCCCGACGGGAAGGGCUGCGCAGUACUGGAUCACUCCAAGGAGGUUGCGCUCGUGGACACGACCUUCUGGCGGAAGAGUGCCACUUUGGUGCACCCAUCCGCUCUGGCUCCCAGCGAAACAGUCCAGGAACAGCUGCACGCUGCGUCGGUGCACCCAUCCAGCCGCACGUUCACCCGCGCCAUGCACGAGCUCACCUUGCCACCGCCACCCGCUGACAGCAAGACACCCCCAGAGCUAAGAACAGGCUGUGGCCUUGCGUGCUUUGAUGCCUCAUCCAACCUAAUCGCAACCAGAAUGGAAUCUUCGCCAAGCACCGUCUGGAUAUGGGACCUGGCAGCCUCAGAGCUGCGCGCGGUCCUCAUCUUCCAUUCCCCCGUCUCGUUCUCCUGGCAUCCCGUAGUGCAAGAGCUACUCCUCAUUACAUGCAGAGUCGACGAGAAACGGACUUUGCUGGCCGUGUGGGAUCCGCUCAUGGAUGGCCCCAGGAGUGUGCCCUCUGAGCAGGCCCUGUCCUCGCAGGGCAAGAUGGAGGCGCAUUGGGUGGACUGGGAGAACGAACAGCCUAUCCUGUUGCUGAACGAUUCGCAGAGUUACUGUUUCGUCUCCGUCGGCGAGGGCGAGGGCGAGGGCGAGGCGCCAGGAGCCUGGGGGAGUGCAGAGUCAACAUUACUCGGCGGAUCGGUCGGCAGUGCAGGGAUUGUACAGGGCAUCGAGGGGGACGAUUCGACCAUGAUCGAUGACACCUUUUUAUUCAAGCGUGGGUGA